AUGCAUGGUACGCGUCCCAAACAAUUGAAUUCGCGUGUCAAAGAAAAAGCAAAGCAGUCAAACAGGACGAUUUCGCCAGAGUCAAUAUUGCAAUGGUUGAAAAAUGACCUUGGAUAUCGUCACAGACGUAAUCUGCUUGGUGACUUUCCAGAAAAGGAAAUAACCACCGAGGAAAUUCAAAAGCUUUACCGAAAUGAAUUUGUUCCUAUUUUCAAAUUCCUAGUGGAACAUAUCAAAUCUUCAAAGGAGGUUCUUCAAUACAAAAAAUUAAAGAUUUCAAAGCAGAACCAGUUGAUAAGAUCUCAUCAAUCGAAACGUAACAAGGAGGCCUUAUCAAAUGCGACCGAAGAGAAUUAUGUGAUUCGUAAAGCAAUGCUGGAUAAAAAGAUAGCGCAAAUCACGGCAAUUAUUGAGGAGGGAGAAAUGCAAACUGCACAGCUAAUAACGCGAAUUUCGGAUAUUGAACUACAGAAGCGACACACAAAGGAAGAAAUACGCGAAAAUUACAAUAAAAUGUAUAUGAAAAAGGUAUUUCGAGAAAGUUGCAGAUCGAUCGAGGACGUUGAAAGUGGGUACCGGCGACUUUUCGAGGAGCUCAUGACGAAAAAAAGAUCUAAGAACGAGAUAAAUUCUGCAUUAACAGGAAUUGAAACAACUACCACGAUUAGGAUCAAGAACAUCUGUGAUAAAUUAAAAUCGAUCGGGAAGAGUUCGGCAUUUAGUCAAUCUAACGCUGAUUACGGAAAAAAGGUCAAGAUUCGAUUUUUAAUAGAGGACUUGAUUAAAACAACUUCACCCAAGGUGCUCCUCAAAUCGGUUUCGAAUUCCCAGCGUUAUAUGGAGAAAGGUAGCUUGGAUGGUUCAUCGCGCCAAGUUCAGCGAUUGUUACAGAAAUGUCGAGAAGAUCAUGUAUCUAAAUUCAUUGAAGUUGAAGGCAUGCUGAACAACGUCUCAGAGAUUAAGGAAAAAAUAAAUAAAAUUAUAGAGUCAACUAAGUUAUUCCUGAAACGGCAUUAUUAUCACACUCCAAAUAUGGAAAAUAUAAUAGUAUCAUUUCUUGAAAGAAAGGUUGAAAAUGAGGCAGUAAAAGCAAAAUAUAACAGCAUUCUAAAUUAUGCGCGAACACUUGAAUCUCGGUAUCAAGACUUGAGUGUUUCUAGCGACAGACUUGCAACUUUAUUUGAUCGCAUUGCCAACUUAAAUGAGAUUGCUGAAAAGAAACAGAAAAUUAUUCAGCGGUUGAUUUUUGUCAACCAACAUAUUAGGGCAGGCAUUCCUGAAAAGUCGAAAGAGAUAUCAAGGUUUUUGCGAGAAAUUUCUCCCUUCAAUGAGCAUCUCGAUAAACUGACUAAAGAUCUUGAUUGCACGGUACUACGUGAGAAUGAGCAAUUUCAAAAUAUCGACUUGAAAUCGGCUUUGCAAGUUGAAUUGAACGGGUAA